AUGGCAGGCCUCCUCCGCCCCCAGACGCUGGGCCGCUCCCCACGCCGCCUUCUCGACGCCGCCACUUUGUCACAGGUUCUCGCACGACGACCGCAAUCUCUCCCUCGACCCCUCUACGCAUAUGCGAGGAGCAGAACGUACGCGACGGGCCCCAGCGGGUCCAAGGAACCACAGAAGGAUGACAAGACCUCGUCAUCGCCCAAAGGAAUGGAGCAUUUGUACUCGCAGAGCUCGCCCAUGUCUUCGGGUCCUUCACCACCGGGAAAAAAGCCAGAUGGUGAAGAAGAUGCUCCUCUUCCAGGCCGCACCAAGAUUACGGCCCGCGAGGCAAAGGCGCUGGACGACACUUUAAAUCUGGUUAAGAAGGGCAUGCCCGCUUCCAUGGCCGCAGAUAUUGACAAGGCCAUUGAACGGAUAAAGAAAGAGGGCAUGCCGGUGGAGCUGCGGGAGACGAUUGAAGAAGUCGGGAGGGAGGGUCUAUCGCCGGCCCGUGCCUCGAAGCUGUGGCGGUUGACGACCACCAUUGCACGACAGACGGUGGAGAAGGAGUGGAGUGAGAAGACGGACGGCAAGCCGCAGCAAAAGACUGCCGACGACCCGGGCCCGGCGGGCGCCAAGCAGGGCAAGGAGAAGAGUGGCAACAAGAAGAAGAUGCCCGAGAUGGAMGGCGUUGCCAUCAAGAUCGACUUGCAGACCGUUCUCCUCUCCACCUUUGCCACCUUCAUGCUCUACCGUUUUUUCGCUCCCAGUGAUAACAGCCGGGAGAUUACAUGGCAGGAGUUCCGCAACACCUUCUUCGACAAGGGUCUGGUGGAGAAGCUGGUGGUUGUGAACGGCAAUCGCGUGCGUGUCCACCUUCACCGCGAGAGUGUCGCUUCAAUGUACCCCGAGUCACCUGCGGCACAGCCCAACUUCCACUACUACUUCAGCAUUGGAUCUGUGGAGGCCUUUGAAAGGAGGGUGGAUGAGGCACAGGCGGAGUUGGGCAUUCCUCAAACGGAGAGGAUACCCGUCUCCUACCAUGAGGAAGGCAGCUGGGCGAACACCCUCUUCGCCUUUGGCCCCACAUUACUCUUCAUCGGAGCCAUCAUGUACAUGUCGAAGCGAGCGGCGAGCGGCGGCGGUGGAGGUGGCAGUGGAAUUUUCGGCAUGGGCAAGAGCCGAGCGAAGAAGUUCAACCACGAGACCGACAUCAAAGUCAAGUUUUCCGACGUUGCGGGGAUGGACGAGGCUAAAUUGGAGAUUAUGGAGUUUGUGAGCUUCUUGAAGACACCCGAUGUCUAUCAAAAGUUGGGCGCAAAGAUCCCUCGUGGCGCCAUUCUGUCUGGCCCUCCCGGAACUGGUAAAACCCUCUUGGCCAAGGCCACUGCAGGAGAGAGUGGCGUGCCUUUUUUCUCCGUCUCGGGAUCGGAAUUCGUGGAGAUGUUUGUCGGUGUUGGUCCCAGUCGUGUACGUGAUCUCUUCGCCAACGCACGGAAGAACACACCUUGUAUCAUCUUCAUUGAUGAGAUCGACGCGAUUGGAAAAGCUCGUUCCAAGUCCAACUUUGGCGGUGGCAACGAUGAGCGUGAGAGCACCCUCAAUCAGAUCCUCACCGAAAUGGACGGUUUCAACACAUCAGAGCAGGUCGUCGUACUGGCAGGUACCAACCGAGCAGACGUCCUCGACAAAGCUUUGAUGCGUCCUGGACGAUUCGACCGACACAUCAGCAUUGACCCACCCACCAUGGACGGACGAAAGCAAAUUUUCGGCGUUCAUCUCAAGAACAUUGUCACCAAUGAGGAUGUCGAGUACUUGAAGGGUCGUCUCUCAGCCCUCACUCCGGGAUUCUCCGGUGCAGACAUUGCCAACUGUGUAAACGAGGCCGCUCUCAUCGGCGCACGAGCCAAGGCGGAAUCCGUCACCAUGGCUCACUUUGAGCAAGCCAUUGAGCGUGUCAUUGGUGGACUUGAAAAGAAGAGCAUGGUACUCAGUCCCAAAGACAAGAAGACAGUCGCCUACCACGAAGCCGGGCACGCCAUCUGUGGAUGGUACUUCCAAUACGCGGAUCCUUUGUUGAAGGUCAGCAUCAUUCCCCGUGGAUCUGGCGCCCUCGGCUACGCACAGUACCUUCCUGGAGGCGGCAACGAUGAAGUGUUGAUGAACGUCAAGCAAUUGAUGGAUCGUAUGGCCAUGACUCUGGGAGGACGUGUCAGUGAAGAAUUGCACUUUGACACGGUCACAUCUGGAGCCAGUGAUGAUUUCAAAAAGGUGACGAGGAUGGCAAACGCCAUGGUGACCAAAUGGGGCAUGUCGAAUCUGGGUUACAUCUACUACCCCGAUUCCGGCGAGUCAUCGGAAGCGCAGUUCCAGAAACCCUUUGCCGAGAGCACGGCAAUGGCUAUUGAUGCCGAGGUCAAGACGAUUGUCAAUGAAGCGUACAAGCAAUGUCGAACGCUGCUCGAGGAGAAGAAGAAGGAGGUCGGGAUGGUCGCCGAGGAGUUGUUGAAAUUGGAGGUACUUUCCCGUGAUGACAUGGUUCGACUACUUGGACCCCGACCUUUUGCCGAUGCAGGAGAGUUCUCCAAGUACUUUGGUGGAAGUGGUGAGGCGGGAGGGAUUGUUCCCCCGACGCCUGGCGCAACGACUGGAGAGCCUGGUAAGGGAGAGGCUCCUAGUGGGGAUUUGCCUCCAGAGUUGGGUGGUGGACCGGGGCAGGCUGCUCCUACCAUGUUCAAGAGGCAGUGA